UUGUAAUUAUUACAUAGUUUACCUACCAUCUUUUAAUAAAUUGGUAUUUGUAUGUUGUAGAUAAAAAACACAUCUGUGAACAGACUGUAACACUUAGUUAUGUCCAGCAAAGAGGCUACUGCAGACAAAGAGUUUCACCGAAAAAGUUCUUGUCUACGUCAAAAUGAAAAAUCUUACUGGUAAACAACCUUACAAAUGUGAUGAAUGUUGUAAAGAAUUUAGUAGCAAAGGCAAUUAUAAUAUACACAAGAAAAUCCAUACUGGUGAAAAACCUUACAAAUGUGAUAUUUGUGGAAAAGGAUUUGUCCAAAACAGUAACUGUAAAGUUCAUUUGAGAAAACAUACUGGCGAAACACCUUACAAAUGUGAUAAAUGUGGAAAAGUAUUUGGUCAUAAAGGCAAUUAUAAUAUACACAAGAAUGUCCAUACAGGUGGAAAACCUUACAAAUGUGAUAUUUGUGGAAAGGAAUUUUGCCAAAAAAAUAUUUAUCAAAUUCACAUGAGAACACAUACUAGCGAAAAACCUUACAAAUGUGAUGUAUGUGAUAAGGAAUUUGGUCAGAAAGGCAACUAUAAUGAACACAUGAGAAUUCAUACUGGGGAAAAACAUUUUAAAUGUGUUUUUUGUGAUCAAGAGUUUCACCGAGAAAGCGCCUGUCAAAUUCACAUGAGAAAGCAUACUGGUGAACAACCUUACAGAUGUGAUGUUUGUGGAAAACAGUUUCGCAGAAAAAGGAAUUGUCUAACUCACAUGAGAACACAUACUGGCGAAAAACCUUACAAAUGUGAUAUUUGUGAAAAAAAGUUUGGCAAAAAAAAUAGUUGUCUAAUUCACAUGAGAACACAUACUGGUGAAAAACCUUACAAAUGUGAUGAAUGUGGUAAAGAAUUUAGUGCCAAGAGCAACUAUAAUGUACACAUGAAAAAACAUACUGGCGAAAAACCUUACGCAUGUUAUAUUUGUGGAAAAGAAUUUGGCCAAAGCAGUUCUUGUCGUACACACAUGAUAACACAUACUGGCGAAAAACCUUACAGAUGUGAUGUAUGUGGUAAAGCAUUUGGUCACAAAAGCAAUCGUAAUAAACACAUGAAAUUUAUAAUUUAGGGCCCUGUUAUAGCUUGCUUUCAUGCAGUUUAUGUGUUUUUCUCAUUGUUUAAGGCAUACGCUGACCUAAACUUGAUUAAUUCAACAUAUUUUGUGUGUCUAAAAGAAAGUUGUCUCAUUGUCAAUGUUUAUGGGAUAAGUGGUUACCGUCACUUCUUCUUAAUAAGACCUAGAUAUAAAUGACGGUCAUGUUUUGCAAACCAAAUUUUAUUCACAUUGAAAAUACAAAACUGUCAGAUAUUGAUUUCGAAAGUUAUCUUGAAGUUUCAAUUGAAUUUAAACUGUACAAAAAAUGAAUUUGAACUGUAAAAAUAAUGUGAAAAACAUGCCUAUGAAAAUAAAUGUGCCUACCAGAAACGGGGAGAAAGUUACAAAUCUCACUGCUAUGUUAUGGAUGCUUAAGUGUGAAAACUCGCUUUAGUGCGCAAGUAACACAGUAUAUAUAGUACCAGAAAAUCUGGCAG